AGGGGGCUGCGGACUAUGCGGAAGAAAUUCAUCUUCUCGCUGUUGUAGUGGUUUUUUUUCCCCCUAAACUAAUUGCUUGUUCCAUUCUCGUCAAGACAAUAAUGUGGAGCUGCUUCACGCAUUGUCCGUUUUCGAAAUGAUAAACACCACGGCACGGCUCGACGCGCCAUGUUUAACAAUUACCGGAUUGCUACUUGCCGUAGUAACCCAAACCGUCGGCGUGCGUAGAGGAAGCCAUCCACACCAUCCACAACACGCAACGCCGUCUCAAAGCAGUAUCAUCCAGAUAGACGGGCGACGCCACUUCAGCCUUGAUCGUCACAGAUGUUCUGGAAGCUUGGUCUUUGAGACCGAUAUAGCAAUGCACCCAGUUACAUCCAAACGUCCGGCAACUUAUAUCUGACCAUCCAGCUCCAACACGACGGCGUGGCUGCGGCACAGUAUUCAUGCUAUACCCAACGAGCUUUGAUCUUCAUUUACGGCCUCAUCAUGCCCACAGCAAGCCAUGACAACCACUCGAAAGCU